GCGCCAGCUGCCAUGCUUCCGCGAGUGCAGGCUGUAUAUGGAGGUGGCCCUGCUGCUGUUGGCGCUAGAACUGCUGCCGCCACUGGCAGCUCUCGUGGUCCCGCUGCGCGUGCUGGCGCUGCCGAUGACCCCCUUCAUGGAAGUGACCCCUGGCGUGCAGCUGCUGGGAAGCGCCUCGGCUACAUCCAGUGGAGCAGACACCGUGGACCCCAUGGACGCCGUCAACGCCGCCAUCGCAGCCUCGCAGGACUUCCUCACAGCUCAGCUCGACUCGAAGCUGGCCUCGGUCAAAGCAGAGAUCACCGGCGAGUUCGCAACCCAGCUCAAGGGUCCCCUCGGCGCGGUGGUCGGACAGCAGCAACAAUGGAACGCGCAGUUCACGGGCCAGAUCCAGUCACUACAGGCCACGUCGUCGAAGCUCGAGGCCGAGCAAGCAGAACUACGUGCUCAAAUUGCAGAAAUGCGACAGCGGCUAUACAUGCAGGAGGCACAGAUCCCCAUCAAGGAUUACGAGAACCUCAUCGAAUGGGACCGACCAGCAGACACCAGCAUCAUCGUGGGCACGGUUGCGGAGAACUUCACGCUCGACGAAUUCAAGGCCAGCAUCCAGCCCAUCAUCGACAGAUGCGAGCUCGACGACGGCGAGUGGGAGGCAGUGGGCAAGAGUCCAGCGCGUCGAUUCCUCAUCCAGUUCGGUGGCGACGCGAAUGCCUCUGCUCGACGUGUCCGCACUGUCUACAGCAAGCUCAAGGGCGCUGACGGCGAAUGGCUCAACACGAUGGUCAACAGCGUUCACGGUCAGCGCACACGUCUCGUCCUCGGUCUCGAUCGCAGCGGCAAGACAGCGAGGCGAGAGUUCCAGACCAAGAAGCUCACCCAGAUCUGCAAGACCCAGCAUGACACGAAGCGCUGGCGAGGCGACCGCCAGCAAGGGAUCAUCUAUUGCAACAACCUGCCCAUCCUCUCCAUCUCCGUGGGUUCCACAAAGGAAGAGCCGACCAAAUUGCUCUUCAACUACCAGGGUUGCCUCACGCACGGCAUCAACAGGGAGGACGUCCGCGCGAAGUUCGAAGAGGACCCGCUCAAGUGCAAGAAGAAGGUCACCCACAUGCUGCAGGUGCUCAACUCCACGUCGGCGCUGGCCUUGCAGGAGGUGCACGGCUCCGAGACGGAGCUCGCCCACGCCCUACACCUUGGCCACAAGUCUGCGGUCAUCUUCACCUCCAUCCCUGAGCGCGGCACGGGAGGGCGCUCAGCCGCCCAUGGUGGCGAUCUACAACGUUCGCAACUUCCGGAGCUCAGCGUCGCAGAGCAGCAGCCCGAGCGCAUCACAGUCAUGAUCAUGGGCGACUUCAACUUCAUGGACGAGGCCCCGCUGGAGAUGACGGCCCCGCUCGUCAACAAGGGGCUACCCAGGCUACGCAACGUCCACCCUGAACAUCAGCUUCUCUGGGAGCAGGCGCUUGGCGACAUGAUCGAGGUGGACCCCGAGCUCCCCGCGCACUACACUGAGCACUCCCAGCAGUGCACGCGCAUCGACAAGACCUAUACCAGCUCGCCGCCGCGGCUCUUGAGACAAUGGCGCGCGAAGGUCGACAUACCCAUGGCGCCUGACAUGCUCUAUGACAAGGGCAUAUCGGACCAUGCCCCAGUAAACCUACGCCUCGCAGCCCGAUCUCGUGAAGAUCGCAAGUCGCAGCCGAUCCCGCAGUAUAUCUUCGAGCACCCUCUCUUCACCAAGUACUUCGACCUGCUGGUCAGCCAUUCCGACCUGGACAGCUACACGCCCUUUGUGCGCCUCCAGGAGCUCAAGCGCCUGAUCCGCGAGGCGGCGCGCCUUACCCGCAACGACCUGACAGACAUGCAUGCACCGUGCUCGGCGGCAGCUCUCAUCACUUGCAGGGCGAUCUCGAGGGCGGCCCAGCGCAAUGACUGGCAGAGCGCACGCACGCUGAAGGCGCGCACUGAGCUCGGUGACCAGUUCUUGGACAUCUCUGACCCGAACAACAUUACGCUGAUCGAGCCUGGCACGUUUCGCCGCGUCUUCGAGCAGCACCAGAAGUCGCACCAGGACCAGCGCACUGAGGCCCUGCAGCAGGAGGAGUCCGCCGCUGACACGCCCUUCCAGCAGCGGCAGGUGCUCCGCAAGAUGAGGAAGGCGAUCCAGAAGCGCGGCAAGCUCUGGGCCCCAACGGGCAAGACCCUCAAGCUCAAGGCUAUCGAGGCGAUGCACAACCACAGCACCGCGGAGACGCCUGCUGCCAUGAUCGAGGAGCUCCGUCGGCAGUGGCCCCCAGUCUUUCAGGCGAAGCCGAGCCACCUCCAGCACGUAAAGCGCUACCUCGAGAAGCACAUCGUUCCGUAUGACUGCACGGACAUGGACAUCCCCACUUUGGGUAAGAUGAAGCACCCGAUCAGCAGGCUCAACAACUCGGCGCCUGGACCUGACGGGAUCCCCUACAUGGCCUGGAAGCGGAUCCCCUCGUCGGCGCAGCUCAUGCUCGACGUCACCAUCGAGAUCAUGCAGGGCUACCCU